UUAAAUCCACUCCACCGGCGCUCCGACACUUCAACACACUGUCCAGUCCUCCUCCUCCUCCACCACCACCGCUGCUGCUGCUGCUGCUGCUGCUACACCGUCCCGACCACAGGAGGAGCAGCACCAGCUCAGCUCAGCUCAGCUCAGCUCGGCACCGCAGCACCGUCACUGACUGCUGCCUCACGCCUGCACGAUAACAUGGUUUGCAGGGCUCGGCUGCUGUAGCCAAGGGGCCACUUUAUAGUCAAUCACUCAGCUCACUGUGCGCGUGGAUGUGGAUGUGUGUGAGUGUGCAGUUGUAAGCAGCAGCAUCAGACGGAGAUCCAGCAGCAGCACUAUACAUCAUCAGGAGCACCGGAGCGGAGGAAGGCGUCCAGAGCGAGCCGAGCAUCCUGCAUCUCUUACCCGGCUGUCCUGCACCCCGGCCCGGCUGAACCGGAGCAGGGACACCCCUCCUCCUCCUCCUCCUUCUCCUCCUCCUCAUCCUCCACACCGCAGACUACCACACUGUACCUCGGCUUCAUCGGGUGGGAUAAGCGGCCUGGCUAGUGCUGUAGUCACUGUUGUUGUCGAGGAAACCAAGAGUCCUGUCCCGUUGCCAUGGGGAAACAGAACAGCAAGCUGCGGCCAGAGAUGCUGCAAGACCUCCGGGAGAAUACCGAGUUCUCCGACCACGAGCUGCAGGAGUGGUACAAGGGUUUCUUGAAGGACUGCCCCAGUGGAACCCUGAACGUGGAGGAGUUCAAGAAAAUCUACGCCAAUUUCUUCCCCUACGGUGACGCCUCCAAGUUCGCUGAGCACGUCUUCCGAACGUUUGACACCAACGGCGACGGGACGAUAGACUUCCGGGAGUUCAUCAUCGCCCUGAGCGUGACGUCACGGGGCAAGCUGGAGCAGAAGCUGAAAUGGGCAUUCAGCAUGUACGACCUGGACGGAAACGGUUACAUCAGCCGCGACGAGAUGCUGGAGAUUGUACAGGCCAUCUACAAGAUGGUGUCAUCUGUGAUGAAGAUGCCAGAGGAUGAAUCCACGCCGGAGAAGAGGACGGAUAAGAUCUUCAGACAAAUGGACCUCAAUAAUGAUGGCAAACUGUCCCUGGAGGAGUUUAUCAAAGGUGCCAAAAGCGACCCCUCCAUCGUCCGGCUACUCCAGUGCGACCCCAGCUCGGCCUCCCAGUUCUGAACCUCCCGCCCUGCUACGACCCUUUCCUCCUCACCCUCUCUGUUGCUAUUGAAACAGUCACUAAAAUCAAUGCAUGAUGGUUCUCGUCUCUCAUAUCAUCUUUUUUUUUUUUUUUUUUUUUUUCGUUGUUGUGUGCAAGACAGGAUGGAGGGAUUUUAAGGAGGAUAAGAAAAGCCAUCACUAUCAUUUUAUUUUUUCAUUUUUUUUAUAUUUGGGAAAACUGAAGGGACAUGCAUACAUGUAACGGUCAGUGGCGUCCGCUAAUGUUCCCGAAUAUCUCUCUCUCUCUCUCUUCCUGGAACGACGGAUUUCCAGGGAGCUUGUGACAAAGUGUGGAUUUCUGCAGGGUGGGGAUUGCUCAGUUUGUCCUCCAACACAUAUGUACAUCAUGUAAAUACUGUACGUCUAUGUAUAUCAUAAGAUGAAGUUUGUCUUCAUGUAUGGUUCACACUCUCUGGUAUUGAAAGGCAGUAUUAUGUAGCGUAGCUGGUCUGACCUGAAUGGGUGGUCGGGGUGGAGAUGGGUGGGAGUCGGGGGGUUAUUGGGAUUUUACUGCUAUAUGAUCUUUCGCUGAGAAAAAGAAGGCCUAAGAUCCCAUUAGCUUUUUAUUGAUAUCUACUGACAUUUUGAUGAUUUAUAAAUGUUUUUUUUUUGUUUCAUUUGUACAUAUUGUUUUCCUCAUUCAUGCUCUUUUAUUUAUUCAUUUUCUUAUUAUCGUGCUUUUACUUUGAUACGUUGUUUAAGGAUGAUCAGUAUUCCAGUUUACAGUGACAGAGAGAGAGAGAAAAUGCGAGUGGAGAUUGAUCUCUUUGGGAUUUGUUAAAGUGGAAGAUUAUGAACAUCUAGUUGCAUAAGGGGAUCCCAUAAUGCAUUUGAUCAACGGCACCAGUAGCACAUAUCGUUUGAGCCGCCAUGUGUUUAUGAACUGUGCAUUUUGGUCUGAAUGCGCGCGCGUGUGUGUGCAUGUGAAUAUAUGCACUGUGUGCUCGAGGCUAACUUUUACAGUAUUAUCAUGUUGUGUUGUUUCUUAAUUUGUAAGUAUUUAAAAAGAUCUUUAACAACGAGCAGUAAACUUAAGAUAGUCGUAACCUGUCACUAUACUGCAUGAUCCUUCGAACUGAGAAAAAAUCACCACAGUUAAACGCACAGCAGUAUCUUUUUGUAGCUCUGCAGCCUCCUCAGCACUGUACCAGGCAGAAAUGAUUAUUUGUCUUGCUUUGGGACAAACCCUCCCUCAACCACAUCCUCUUCCUCUUUCUCUCCCUCUCCCUCUACCUCUUCCUCCUCCUCUGACAGACAGAGAACUCACUAAGGGCUCGUUCAUCACUCUCUAGCUGAAUGCUUUUAUAACCUCCAGGAUUAGUCUGCUUACAGAGCAGUUAGAUGAAGGGACACGUUUCAUGAGAUAGGAGAUACUUAAGAGAUUUCAGGGUUCCCAGACAUAUGUGGUAAUCUAACGGAGAUCAGUGGCCGUGUUUACAUUAGCACCGAUGGAAAUCUUUGAUUAAUUAUAUUUUAUUUAUCUUAUUCAGGGUAUCUGCGGUACCCUGGAUUUCCAUGUUUUUGUGUCUAAGUGACUAAUGGGGACAACAGUUUUUUAAAUUGGUCCAGUAUUGAGGGAGAGCGCUGCAGCCGCCAGCUGCUAAACAAGCUGUAAUGUAAUCAUUUGGGGCAACUUGACACCAUCAGUUUACAUCCACUAAAAGGGCUUGUUUUUGCCACUGACAGGCUCAGAUAGCUAUUAUAAGUGUCUAACAACAUUAUGGUAGGUUGACCAGAUCCCAAAAAAACAAAUGUGGGACAAGGAGUAUGCUUGUGUGGGACAAUGUGGGACAUGUUACCAAGGCUGAGAGGUAGUCUACAAUUUUGAUAUAAUGUCUAUCUAACGUAAAUAAUAAACAUUUCUAUUCUGCCCCUUAUCUAGUAACAUCUCUAUGCUUUGCCCGAAUGCAUCCAUUGAUCGACACAUCUCUUUCUGAGCCGAAUGUUUCUUGUGAGACUCACGUGAACUGUGUCCCUUAAUUUCGCACUCCCCCCGCGUGGAAUUGAAAAAUAACUGGCAAAUUUCACAAAAAACUCGGAGAAUCGCCUUCCACCGGCUAGUGGUUAAGUAGUUUCCCAGUCUUUGUUGUAGCUGCUCUUCCUUUUCUUUGUGGUAGUUUCCAUCAUAUUCCGGCUAAAUCCGCACAGCUUGUGACUUUGCGGCGACUCGCAAUUUUCUCCAUUGGGCGUAGCGUAGCAAAGACGGUGAAAUGUUAACCUGCACUUGACCCAUGUGUGCGGCGCAGUUUGAAAGCAAACGCAGCCCUGUGAUGACAGCCUUCUCUGUUUUCUUCACAUCCACUGUCCUGCAGUGGUUUGACUUUUGAAAACUAGAGCCAAUGAAAAUGUGGGACAUUGUCUCAAUAUGUGGGACAUAGGACAAGGGAUACAAAUGCUGUGCAGUUCCUUGUAAAGUGGGACACCUUACAUUUACUACGUUUUCUUUACCUUUCGCUUGAUCCGGUUUGUUUGUUUGUUUGUUCGGAGAAGUUUUGUGGAAUCUCGUGUCUUAUCCACAUUGUCGAAAUCAUCUAAAUAUUCAGCCAUGACAUUGAAAAUCUUUUCGAUAACGCUAAGCUACGCUUUCUGUACUCCAACACAACAAACUCUGACAACACCGGCACUCCUUUCUCCAACUCUCACUCACAUUUCCACCGUUUUCUCUUCCGUCAACAAGUCACAUGACACGAUAAUAAACCAAAACCAAAAAGUAAGAAUUACCUAGGGACCUGUAGGGUCCCUUCCAUAAUGUUGUCAGACACUCAUAAUAACAAUCUGAGCCGGUCAGUGGUUAAAACAAGCCCUUUUAGUGGCUGUAAACUGAUGGUGCCAAGUUGCCCCAAAUGAUUACAUUACAGCCCGUUUAGCAGCUGGCAGCUCUCUCUCAAUACUGGACCAAUUUCAAAAAUUGUUGUCCCCAUUAGUCACUUAGACACAAUAACAUGGGAAAAUAGAGUCCAGGUUGAAAGAUACCAAAGUUACCCUAUAAUAUUUGGAGCACCAAGGAAGUGCGACAUGUUGAGACAUGACAUCUCUCCAAUUUAAAUGAAAUAACUUUGAACUGUAUGAUAUUAGAGUUUUAAAACACAGCCUUGACUGAAUAAAAGAUGUGAAAUACAGUGCACAUGUAAACAUAGCCACUGGUUGCAGGAAUGCCGGCACCACUCCCAUGUAUUAAUGAUUGAAGGCCACCCAUUUUCAGAUCACUGUUGCCAUCUUCUGUUAUGGAGGUUAAACACGAAACAAAUUCUGUUUGUGAAGAAGCAAAGUGUUGGGCAGACUGGAAAAAAGCAGUGACAUUGCAUAUUGCAAAUACUCAACAUAAUUCUUUUAGAAAGGGACCUUCAGGUUCUUUACUUUUAUAGGCUGAUAUAAAUAUAUAAUGUAGAAGUGUUUUUGGUAUUUAGAAGUGGUGAAUGUAACUACAUUUACUCAAUUACUAGACUUAAGUACAAUACUAAGGUACUUUACUACUUUAUACUUCAAGUGCACUACAUUUCAGAGGGAAAUGUUGUACCUUUUACUGAACUACAUUUACCUGACAACUAGUUAACUUUUUCAGAUUAAGAUUUACACUCAAACAUAUCAGUUUAUAAAACAUAUUGUAUUGUUAGAGACAAUAUCCCCCUUCAGGGACCCCUUUUCUAUCAUUGAGUAUACUGACGACCCCAGACUAAGUGACAUAUUUUAUGAAUAUUUCAUAUCAUAUUCAAUGCUUAACAAUAACAGAACAGAACAACUGUACAAUUAACCCAAAUAGUGAACACAAUAACUGCAGGAAGAUUGUGUAAAACAAGUGAUUUGGAUGAAUUUUGAGCAGAUUAUUUCCUGUAAAUAUUGCAUCAGAGAUAAGUUUUCUUGUUAUUUUUAGGAACUUUUUGUAUAAUUUUCUGUCCCUAUUAUGUAUUAUUUUAAUUUUUAACAAUCCUAGAUACUUAAAGCACUUAUUUCUUUUAGACAAAUUAAUUGUUUUCUUCUCUUUGUCGCCAUUGUUUUAUUAUUAUCUUUGGUUGUUUUAACUGCAUACUUUCAGGGAAGGCUCUGUGAAUGUGAGUUCAGGUUUUCACCGUGCCCUGAUCCUGUUUAAAUAACAAUCCAAACUUUAAAAAUAGCAAUUGUGUGAAAAUUAAUGAAAUGCUGAUAGAUAGGCCGACUGUAUAUUUUUAGAAACACGUUGUCCUACACACCCCUUAAAGGCCUCGCGACAUCCUGUGAAGCUUUGGCGACCCCUUGGGGGGUCAGGUCCCCCAGGUUGGGAAUCAGUGUUAUAUAUUAAACUGCCCCAAAUUAUAUAAAACAGUUUAAAAGUGGCUCAAAACUUAAAGUUCAUAUUUAUUCCAUCAUUUUAUUCUCAUGUUAGAAACUCCUUUUGAAACCGCACACUGAACUGCUUCAUUGAAUUCCAGACUAAUGUAAUUAUUCCGGUUGGUUUAGCAGCUUCAUAAAGGAGGUUUAGACAGACUGGCUUCACUUUACACAUUUUAGAAAGUGAGGAAUAAAACCCCGCCAUGAAAUGAUGUCUGUCUGCCGUGUGAGAUAAAAAUAACGGAGCGAGAUACUUUAGCUAGUUAGAGAAGAGCCUCCCGUCAUACCAGACUUAGCUGACAUCAGAUUUUAAAAAUAAAUACAACAGCCCGAUAUGUGUUGCCCAACAUUUCACCACCUCACAAACUGAAUUAUUUCGUGCCGUGGUGGCAAAGUGAACUACCAAUGAGAGCUGUGCUGGUGCAGCUAGACAUCCACAUUAGGACUGACCCAAAGGUUAACUUGUACCAAACAUUUGCACAGGAGCUUCCUAACCAGCUCUGCUUUGGGGAUCCUGUAGUGUCACUGCCUUCUGCUGGUAGGAUAAGGAACAACAGUUACUUUCCCCCUAAUCUACAACAGUUUAACCCUUUUCUAUUCUCACUGCCUCUGAUGAACUGGUACCUUAUGUUGGAUAAAUACACCCCCUUCUUUCUUUCUUUCUUCCUUCCUUCUUUCCUAACCUCCCUUUCCUUCCUUCCUAUUUUUUCUGUUGCAUGAAAACCUCCCGUGAGGAUGUCAUGUUUGUUCCGUUGGACCUGAAAUCGAAAUAUACCUAUGUGUUUCAAAGCUGCACGUGUGGACUGUUUCCUCAUUUCUUGGUUAUUUCGGAUAUGUAGGGAAUGCAUUUAAGGAGCAGAGCAUUUUUUCACCGCGGACAAGGCUAAUAUCUGGUCUGACAGCCGAACAUUACUGUCAUGCAUUUGAGGGUCGCAGCCUGUCAAAGCACACCGUAGGUCCUCAUUAACAUACUCCUGACAGGAACGUGGGUGAAUGUGUUCGCACCAACCUGUCAGGGUGUCUCUGCAUGUGUGUGUCUGAGUGUAACCAGUCAUUCCUGUCAGGUCACUAUAGCUGCUGCCGUUACCACAUUUUAAAACGGAAAUGUUUUCAGAGUUCAGCCGCAAAACACACACAAGAUAGAUGCAUGACUUUGAAUAAAAACUUUAUUUGCUCAUCGACUUAAGUUGUCGAAAUAAAUAAAAUAAACUUGCAGUACUAGUUUCUCUUGACCUAACAGAAGAGCAGAUGCACACACGCUUGAUUCUCAUUUACUCAAAACAGGCAAACCAGAGGCUCCAUCCUCAAAAAAAAAAA